AUGGCGACACCCGUCAAGUCAGAACGAGGCGUCAAAGCGCAUGAACAAGGGGAGCAGCUACGGUCAUCGUCCCCGCCAUGCUCGGACUCCCUCCCAGCAGAAAAGGAUCAGAAUGCGUCUGAAACAUCCCCUUCCCCCACCCAAGCUCCACUACCCCCACUCCGUCACACGACCACCCAUCAAUCCGCCACUGCGGUCGAGGCCGCUCAGAUCCUCGCCAACUUUGCGACGCAUCCUGCAAACCCGCGAAAUUGGCCACGGCGGCAGAAAUGGUCCAUAUCUAUAACGGUGUCGAUCACUGGCUUUAUCGCGACGUGCGGAUCGAGUAUCGCCGUACCGGGUGUGCACGCCAUUACUAAUGACUUUGGGAUAUCUAAUCCCAAGAUCGGGGUGUUGAUCACCACCUUCUAUGUGCUGGGUCUCGGAGCUGGUCCUUUCGUGUUCGCCCCGAUCUCAGAGCUAUACGGCCGGCAGGUCGCCUACAUGAUCAGUCAAAGCUUGUUCUUCUUCUUUUGUCUCGGUACCGCCGUAUCCCAAAAUAUGGCCAGUAUCCUUGUGCUGCGAUUCUUCUGCGGCGUUUUCGCUUCGUCCGGCCCUGGUCUGGGUGUCACCACUUGUGCUGAUGUCUGGGCUCCAGAAGAAAGGGGAAGACCACUUAGCUUGUACGCUAUCGGGCCGAUGGCUGGCCCCGUACUCGGCAGCAUGAUCGGCUAUUGGAUCCUCGGUGGCGGAGGAUGGCGAUGGCUCUUUUGGACGAUCACCAUCCUCGCCUUCGCGAACGCUCUCCUGUUUAUCGUCAUAUCGACCGAGACCAACGCCCAGGUGAUUGAGAAGAAACUUAAAUACCGUAUCAACCACCCUAUCUCGCCCCCAAACACUUUCCUAGAUCGCAUAUCCCCCUCUCGCUUCAUCCACGAUCAAGGGUGGAUGUCAGCCAUGGUUUCCCGGCAUGAAGCCAAAGCUGUCUUCAAGCGGACCUUCUCUCGGCCAUUCCGGCUGUUACUGUUCAACCCCGUCUGCGCCAUCUUCUGCGUCUAUUAUGCCUACAUCUACGCCUGCAUCUACCUCUUCCUCGUGUCUGUACCCCUCCUUUUCGGUUCCGCGCCAUACAGCCGCACAGGGCUGUUCUCAUACUCGUGGUCCAUGAACACGGUGUCUUUAGCAUAUAUCGGUCUCGCCAUCGGCUUUUUCAGUGCGGCCGCCAUCGCGUCGACCUACCAGGACAAGAUAUACAAAGCCCUCAAGAAGAAGAACGGGGGCAAUGGGCAACCAGAAUAUCGACUCGUUAUGACCCAAUCAGGGAUGCUCAUCAUGCCCAUCGGUCUCUUGAUCUUCGGCUGGACCGCCAAUGCCCAUACGCACUGGAUCGGGCCGCAGAUAGGGAUGGUCUUCGUCGCCCUUGGUCUCAUGUUGGCGUUCAACAGUAUCCAGAACUUCUUGGUCGACGCCUUCUUCCCGUACUCUGCUGCUGCUAUAGCCAGCGCCACAGCGUGCCGAUCCGCUCUGACGGCUGUAUUGCCCGUCUUCUCAGCGGACAUGUUUGCUGAUCUGGGUUGGGGAGUAGGUGGGACAUUGCUCGCUGGUAUCGCAUUAGUGGCUGUCCCUGCCCCGUUGAUAAUGUUCAAGUAUGGCCGGCAUCUGAGGGAAAGAUACGCGUUUGACGGAUAA